AUGCGGAGUGAGUGGCCCUUCGACUAUGCGUCGGAGGCUGACGCCAUGCUCCACCGGAUAACGCCGGAGAACUUUGAGAAACUGGUGCGGUUUGCUGCCCGUUUGUUGCGUGUGGGCGAGAUCAUCGCCUUGCCGACCGACACGGUUUACGGGUUGGCUGCAGCGGCUCGCAACUCGCACGGCAUUGAGCUGUUGUACCAGACGAAGCAGCGAGACUUGCGAAAGCCGCUAGCAAUUGCAGUUCCUUCGGUAGAGGACGUUUCGGUAUACCUGCACACGGAACACUUGCCUCCGGGACUGCUCGAGGCGAUCUUGCCGGGGCCACUGACGCUGCUUCUGCGCCAGCGAGAGGACUACGUGGGCAUAGACCUUCAAGACGUGCGUAUCGACCAAUACAGGGGCUGGGAACGAGCCAAGCGGCUGGCGCCGAACCUAAACCUCAGGCGGGACGGUCUACUGGGGGUGCGCGUCCCGGACGCUUCCUUCGCCUGCGCGGUUUCCCGCGAACUCGGUGACCCGCUGGCGUUGACGUCUGCGAAUGUCAGCGGUCGUGGAGACUGCGGCAGUGUUGAUGAGUUUCGUGCGCUCUGGAGUGCAUGCGCUGCAGUAUUCGACGGAGGCGCUAUGCCGAAACCCGUUAUGCCGAGCACCGUCGUGGACCUGAGCGUACCCGGCACAUUUCGCAUCACACGUGCAGGCUGGAUGGCGACAGACCUCGUUCGUAUUCUGGAAAAUAAAUUCGGGCUCACGAACAAGAGCGCGAAUACGAGCAACUAG